AUGGAAAAUGAAAAUAAAGAAUUUCAGCUACUUUUUAACGCUCCAUAUUCUGCAGCUUCUUCAUCACAGGCUUUAUCUUGGCCAUCGGAUUCUUCGACAAACUUCAGAUCAAUGGAUGAUCAUAUUGAGGAUCCAUCACUUGACCUUCAAUUGUCAAUGAGUGUUAGUCCACUCAAGCCUGCUGCAGAUCAUGUUCGAAGAAGAAAAGUUAAAGAUUACAAUGAUGAAAAGUUGGAGUCGAACCGUGUGGAUGCCCUGAGAUGGCAGGCUACUGAGCACGCUCGAUUAGCAGCAAUGGAGAGGGCUUAUGCAGAGCAUGUGAAGGAGCUUACAAGGAGAGAGAUGGAAACUGCGCAGUCUGAGUUUGCGCGAGCCAGAUAUAUGUGUGAAAGAGCUCGGGAAGAAGUCGAGAAGGCUGAGAAAAUGAAGGCCAUGGCCUGUAGGCAGAUUGAUUCUAGCUGCAGGGAAAUCACUUGCCAGUCUUGUAGACAAAAGUUUAGACAUUAA